AUGUCUGACCCCAAGGAUAACAAGGGCAAGGCCCCCGAGGCGCCCAAAACCGAAUAUGUGCCAGGUCAAAAGCUGACCUCCAAGGCGGCGGAGGCGCUGCUGGAGAACAACCCCGCCCUGAAGAACGAAUUGGCUGGAUUGGAUAAGGACAAGGCUGCGGAUGCUCUGCGAAAGAUGGAUAUUUCUGAACUGUUGACCGGUCUGGCGGUGGGUGGAAAGAACCAGAAAGAUAUGGCUUCGUACAAGUUUUGGCAGACACAACCGGUGCCUCGUUUCGAUGAAUCGGCCAACGAUGCUGGCGGACCUAUCAAGAUGAUCGAUCCCGAGAAGGUGUCCAAGACCCCCGAUGCGCUGAUCGAAGGUUUCGAGUGGACUACACUGGACCUUACGAAUGACGACGAACUCCAGGAACUGUGGGACCUGCUGACAUACCACUACGUCGAAGAUGACAAUGCUAUGUUCCGGUUCAGAUACUCGAAGUCCUUUUUGCAUUGGGCUCUGAUGUCGCCGGGCUGGAGGAAGGAAUGGCACGUCGGUGUCCGUGCUACCAAGUCGAAGAAGUUGGUUGCUUCCAUCUGCGGUGUCCCCACGGAGAUCCGCGUGCGCGAUCAAAAGCUCAAGGUGACGGAGAUUAACUUCCUGUGCAUUCACAAGAAGUUGCGCUCCAAGCGCUUAGCCCCUGUUCUUAUCAAGGAGAUCACCCGUCGUUGCUAUCUGAGUGGCAUCUACCAGGCAGUCUACACUGCGGGUGUGGUUUUGCCGACACCUGUGAGCUCUUGCAGGUACUACCACCGUCCGUUGGAUUGGCUGAAGCUCUACGAGAUCGGCUUUUCGCAUCUUCCUCGUGGCUCCACCAAAGCCCGUCAGAUCACCAGAAACCACCUUGCCAGCCAUACCUCUACUCCCGGGCUACGUGUUAUGGAGGCUAAGGACAUUGAUGCUGUCAAGGAUCUGUUGGAGCGGUAUUCCCAGCGAUUUGCGUUGAACCAGGCUUUCACCCGUGAGGAAAUUGAGCAUUGGCUGCUACACAAAGACGAGGACGGGAAGGAACAGGUGGUUUGGUCUUACGUGGUUGAGGACGCCGAAACCCAUAAGAUCACUGACUGCGUGUCCUUCUACAACCUUGAGUCUACCGUGAUCCAACACCCCAAGCACGACAAUGUGCGCGCAGCUUAUCUGUACUAUUAUGCCACGGAAACUGCCUUUACCGGGGACCUCAAGGCUCUAAAAGAGAGACUGCUGCUGUUGAUGAAUGACGCUCUCAUCCUCGCGAAGAAGGCUCGCUUCGACGUUUUCAACGCGCUGACCUUGCACGACAACCCUCUGUUCCUGGAACAACUCAAAUUUGGAGCAGGUGACGGCCAGCUUCAUUACUAUCUCUACAACUAUCGGACGGUCCCCGUUCCUGGAGGUGUUAAUGACAAGAACCUUCCAGACGAGAAUAAGAUGGGUGGUGUUGGAAUAGUUAUGCUGUAG